UUUUUUUCAUAGAUAGUAUUAUGCAUUUAGACAUCCAUUGUAUCUAGGUGCGUAGCAAAAAUUAAGUAUCUAGAAAAGCUAAAACGACAUAGAAUUUUAAAUUGAGGGAGUAGUAGUUCUCAAGAGCAACACACACUAUUUGCCCUGCCGUUUCUGUAAAAGAGCAAGAAGAGAGCAUGGAGGAAGAAGUGGGGAGGAGAGGGAUCCCUUCUCUGCUGAAAUUGCCGUCGUCGCCUCAACCGGAAGCUGCUUCUCUAAAGCAGGAGCACAUCGCUUCUAACAUUACCCAGUUUCCUGCAGCUUGUAGGAUGGACGCCACUUAUAGAACUGAAGAGAAUCGCUGAGAAGGAUGGUAUCAACGCUCGGAUUGUUGGCAAGAUGGAGUUCUACCAGCCGCUCUGCUCCAUCAAGGACCGCGGCGCUCUGAGAAUGAUUGAAGAUGCAGAGGAGAAAGGGCUGAUCUCGCCUGGCUCCACCACGCUUGUCGAGCCAACGAGCGGUAACAUGGGGAUAGGCUUGGCGUACAUUUCUUUGCUCAGAGGUUACAGGUUCGUUGCAGUCAUGCCUGCCGGGGACUCACUGGACAAGCACAUCCUGCUGAGGUACCUAGGAGCCGAUGUGGUGUUAACUGAUCCUACGCUUGGUAUUCAGGGACAACUUGACAAGCUGGAACAGCUCAAGAAAGAAGUACCCAAUGUGCAUUUCCUUGACCAGACAGCAAACGCAGCGAACCCUGAAGCACACUUUACAUGGACUGGACCUGAGAUUUGGAAGGAUACAGCAGGCAAAGUAGACAUCUUUGUGGCCGGUGCAGGCACAGGAGGUACUGUGUCUGGUGUCGGCAAAUACUUGAAGAUGAAGAACCCAGCUGUGAAGGUCAUUUGUGUUGAGCCUGCUGAGAGUCCAGUUAUUUCAGGUGGCAAGCCUUCUCGGCAUAAAAUUCAGGGACUUGGCCCAGGAUUUGUGCCCAAGAACUUGGACAGAUCAGUCACUGAUGAGAUCAUUACAGUAACGGCAGAAGAUGCUAUGGCGAACGCAAGGAGGUUGGCAAAAGAAGAGGGCCUGCUAGUUGGCAUAUCGUCUGGAGCAAAUCUGGCAGCUUGCCUGAAGGUGGCAUCACGAGAAGAGAACAAAGGGAAGAUGAUUGUCACUGUGUUUCCUAGUGGUGGCGAGAGAUACAUGAACUCCGACCUCUUUGCAGCCGUGAGAGAGGAAUGCAUUGCCAUGACCUUCUGAUGUCGACGCUUGUUAGUGGUGAUCUGGCAUGGCUCAGCAUAUAAAUUGCAUCAUUUGAUCCGACAACUUGCGGAGGUGGAUUGGAUUCUAGUUUUGGAACUUCACAAACUGUUGAACAAGAUUGCUCAGCAUACGCAUUCCAUUGAGCGUUGCUGUGGUUGGACGUGCUUAUUUGCUUUAUAGUUUUGCAUAUUGACACACAACUUCCAGCAAAGAAUUGUACCACGAAUUAUUAACUGAGAGGUACCAAUUUUUUGGUACUUUCCAAGGAUAAUAAAGAAUAUGUGCAGGAGAGAAA